AUGUUGAUUUAUGCACAAUUCUUGGCGCUUAUUCCUGAGCAAGGGUUUCAUGAGCAGGUGUCUUGGGCUAAGUCCUUGGAGGCUUGGCUCAUUUUUGUCGAAACCACAAUUGAAGAAGACGGACAUCAACGAGACUUGCAUAAUAAGCCGCUGACAGAAGCAUCAGCUCAAGCACUUGCUUUUAGUGACGGUUCAACUCACUUACACAAUCCUCUUGAUGGCGGGGCGCCUGAGGUCGUAUCAUACCUCUGGAAAACGCGUGGAAAACCGUAUGGAAGUAUGCUGUGCCGAUAUGAAGCAAUAGACUAUUGGAGAAAGGAUGUAGGGACUAUCUAUGCAACGUUGUGUUGGAUUAGCAAGCAGGAGCUCCGUCGUAUCUCGCCGGCCAAGCUCGAUACCCCUUUAUGUCAGGAUGGACAAUAUAUACUGAAUACCAUCUGUCGAGCACCCUCACCGCGUUUCUGCUUAUCGCUACGCUGUGUGAGGGUGCUACGAACGCGUGUCACUUUCUUAGACGUUGAUGGAAUGGAUUCGGGGAUCCUAUCCUUCAUAAUGGUCCUCAUGAGCACUUUGCAGCAAUUUCGCGAAUACUGGUGGGGAAGGGACGACUUUCUCAUUGCCAACACGGUUAUACAUUUUCCUGCCUUCCCAAACCAUGUCUUUACCUUCUGCGGCUCCCAACUUGUAGUCCACAAGGAUUACAUCUACCUCUUCGAGCGGCUACAGACCUUUUCUCAGUAUCAAAGGAAUUACUCGUGGGGGAAUCGUUCUGAACGGGCAUCGAGGUAUCGGAAAGAGUCGCGGGAUGUCAUCUUCUACUUCUAUCAUCAAACUGUUCAUUUCUCAAAAGAUGACGUCAAAGAAGUAGGCCUCAACCAUGACUUGAUUUACACUCCUCCAUGCGUCUCUUACCUCGUCUCUGUCGACACAGAGAUGCCCAAGAAACACCGUAUUUUCUCUACAGAACGCUUCAAGUCGCUCACCAAGCGAGUAAAGUGGAGACGUCGACAGGCAGACCUCUCUCCUUUGCACGAGUUACAAAUCUCUAUCGAGAAGCCAUUGCUACCCACCCCGACGGAAGAGUACACGACUGACGAUCGCUUUUACACCUUGCGUCGAGAGGUGUACAAUUUGGUCACACAAGACAGUGAGCCAAUGGCCCAUAUGUCCACCUUGUUAUUUAGAGACCUCCGGUUUUCCGAUCCAUUAUGGUGCUUGGCUACUAGUUCCCUUCGAGUUGUUGACGAGACCGAAGCAUUCACUCCAUCAGAUACAUCUCAAAAGGUGCAUACCACCGCGCCCGAAUCAUCCUCACCACUUUAACAUAGAACUCUUAUUUGAAACGACCCAAGGUGAGAUGCUCCAGAUUUGGUGCCAGUGAAGUUCCAGCACAUUGCACUGUCAUUUGAGUCAAACAAGAGACUGACCACACAAUGUUCAAUUGUCAGAUGUUUGACCAUGGUGGACAGACUGCCCAGAAGUUCAGUAAAGUUUGCUGAACACUGAAAGCCAACCAAUGAGUAUCUACAUUUAUGCACAUUUGAGAUAUUACUUGCCAAGCAUCCAUAUGUCAAUUUGGAAUGCAGAACUGACCUUUUGUUUUUGUUUUUCAAGUUUGUAGCUUGCAAGCCAC